ACAGUCUUGAAGUCAGCAUGGACAUGAAUUUGUCAGCGCGUUGUGCUUUGGUUCUUUUUCUGUUGGCAUUUGUAGAUUUGAAAAUAGUCUCUGCUGCAGAAACGGAAGGCACAUCUACAGCAAAGCCUGGAGUGUGCCCUCGUAGACGAUGGGGCAUAGGGAUAUGUGCAGAGUUAUGUUCCAAUGACAGUGACUGCCCCAAUGAUGAAAAAUGCUGUCACAACGGAUGUGGGAAUGUCUGUAUUGUACCUAUCACAGCAAAGCCUGGAGUGUGCCCUCGUAGACCAUGGGGCAUAGGGACAUGUGCAGAGUUCUGUUCCAAUGACAGUGACUGCCCCAAUGAUGAAAAAUGCUGCCACAAUGGAUGUGGGCAUGACUGCAUUGCACCUUACACAGCAAAGCCUGGAGUGUGCCCUCGUAGACGAUGGGGCGUGGGGAUGUGUGUGGAGUUCUGUUCCAAUGACAGUGACUGCCCCAAUAAUGAAAAAUGCUGCCACAAUGGAUGUGGGCAUGACUGCAUUGCACCGACACAGCAGCUGACAGCCUUGAAGCCCGGUCGCUGUGUCCUGCCCAACGGGACCUACAUGUGUGCCGAGUACUGUUACAAAGAUGGCCAGUGCCCCGAGGAACAGAUGUGUUUCCGGAUAUGUUGA